GGGAGGAAAGGGGUGGGGGCUUCUCUCUCUCCCCCAUAGAGCGCAGCAUGAGCGCUCCGCAGCAAAAGGAUGUGUGAGCAGGCAGCGCGCUACUGUAGGGACGGAGUCCACAAACUGCUCAACAAAGAACAAGCCAAACUUCGAGCCCAAGAAAACCGCGAGCAGCCGAAACCCGUAGCCGGUCAGGACAGCGAGUCCGCGACGGCAGCGCAGUCCGGAAACAGCGGCGCCCAGCCCGGUGGAAUCGACGGGCUCGUCCGCUGGAUCGUCACCAAAAUGAGCGACAACAAGAACAUCUCCAGCCGAGAGUACGCCUCCAGCAAGGAGGAGGUGGCCGUGGCACAGGAGCAGUUCUUCGCCCCGGAACCGCGGAGAGGCAUCUCUGUUAUCUUGGAUAUAUUCAGAAGAGCUGACAAAGAUGAUGAUGGUAAGCUGUCUCUGGAUGAGUUCCAGGCUUUCUUCUCUGAUGGCACACUGAAUGAGGAGGAGCUGGAGAAGCUGUUUCACACCAUCGACUCUGAUAACACCAGUAAUGUUGACACUAAGGAACUCUGUGACUACUUUGCCAAGCACAUGGGGGACUAUGAGGGAGUUCUGGCCUCGUUGGAAACACUCAAUCUUUCCAUCCUCAAAGCCAUGGACUUCACCAAGAAGGUUUAUGAGCGAGGAACCAACGUGGAGCAGUUUGUGACCCGUUUCCUCCUGAAGGAAUCAGCCAAUCAGAUCCAGUCUCUCCUGAACUCUGUGGAGAGUGCCGUGGAUGCAAUUGACGAACAGCACAGCCAAUCAGGGCAUCUACCUGCCAAGGUGAGUCCACGAAUGUCAGAGAAGCGCUAUGAAAACACUGUCCCUGACUACCCCCCUAACAACAGAGUCAGCGCCAGGGAGGCUGUCAGGACCAUCAACACUGCUUCAGGUGCUGUGGAGGUGAGAAAAGAGGGUCUGGAGGCUCAGAUCAACCGCCUGGCUGAAUUAAUCGGUCGACUGGAGAAUAAGACUGUCUGGUUUGAUCUGCACCAGAGGCUAACAGACACAGAUGGCACCACCAGCGCGUCCUUGUGGUUGAUUCGUCAGGAGAUGGUGGUUUCCCAGAAGAAGCUUGGCGAGUUUUGUGAGGCUCUGAAGCAGUACCUGAAGAAUGUCUCCGCUCAGAGAGACUGCUUUCAUGUGACUGCCGUGCGCCUGCCGGAUGGUUUAUCCUUUGUCGUCUAUGAGUUCUGGGAUGGAGAGGAGGAGUGGAAGAGGCACCUCCAGUCGCCCCCCAACAAAGCCUUUCAGCAUGUGAAGGUGGAUACACUGUGCCAGCCAGAGGCUGUGUCCUCUGUAGCCGUGCCAGCCGCCUGGUGCAGCGUGAACAGGGACUGAGCAUGAAGAUAUUCAACUACAAGCCAAGACUCCUGGACGCUCCCUACUUCCUCUUUAACUCCCCCUCCAUCUCUAAAACCUUUCCCCCCAGCAUUUCACCCACUCUCACUCCUAUUCCUCUCCUCUUUCAACCCUCACAUUUCUCAACACUUUUUGUAAGUACAUGUUUACACAGUGCAAAUGAAUGGUGUCAACUGCAGUGAAAAUUGAACAAACAGUGCAUUUUACAAUGUGAGAUUACCUAAAUGCAUUUGCAUCUCACCAUGAUAGUUUGCUAGCUCAAGAUUUUGGAUGAUUUCAUGUUUCAAGCACCGUUGAGCCAGUGGUAAGGUGGAGUUUGUCAUGUAGCAAGGACCCCAGGGUUGAGUUUUUCAUGUAGCAGUAACUGUUUUUGGGUAGUGCAUUUGGGAAUGUGGCGUUUUUUUUUUUGUUUUUUUUUUUCUUUUCCACUUGUUAAGGUUGACUUUAUGGUAGAAAGUCAUUUCAUGAUAGCUGCUCACCCCACAUUUGCUCUCAUACACAGAAUUUAAUUAUUCUGUUUUUUUGUUUUGUAAAGGACCACAUGCUUUGGACAUUAUUCUCACAUCAGCCAUUCUAAACUCUCAUUGACAUUGAGUACAUUAGGACUACCGACAGACCAGGUUGCAGAUUAGUUUGCUAUCUCAGGAACAAACUGAAUGCUUGAAGUUAGCUAGCUCACUAGCUAGCUGUCAGAGACUUAGUUUUCUGAGUCCCUAAGUAAUCGAGUUGGCAAAAAAAAAAAAAUUGUUGUGGUGAAAUCCAUGAAGGCUUUUCAGGGAGUGGAUGGGUUUGUAGAAACUGGAUAUGGACCAAAGCAAGCUAGAGCAAAAAGCAGUAAAGUCACAUGGCUCAGUAACUUGAUAAAACAUCACCUAACCCACAACACACAAAUGAGAGAGUGACAGAGGUGGAAAAUUCUCUUUCAGACACUAGCUCAGUGCACUUGCAUGCUAUGAGAAAACAAGGGUUACACUUGUAACUUUAGUCUUGAAUGCCUGCUGACAUGUUUCGUCCAUGAAUGUAUGAUUCAGCUUCUUCAGUGUCUGAUUUCAGGGGAAAAUAACUAAAUAUAUUCUUAUAUAUAAGCCAAUAUGUUAUAUUAGUGUAAAAUGCAAUCUUUUAUUUUUUUCAUCUUCUUAUUUGUUUUGUUGUGUCAUUAUUCUACACCUCAAGAACUUCACAAUGGCUGCUGUGGGAGUAAUGUCUAUAUAGGUAUGAACUUGUUUAGCAUUUGUUAAGUUGAACACAGCAGAUUUUUCAUGAUUAACAAAUCCCCAUGCAAAUGCUAACACAUAGUGAAACAUUUAGUUAUAUUGAUUGAUGUAGCUAUUUUUCAUUCAACGCUUUGAGGUUUAGAGUUGAAUCCCUGAACAUUGACACCAGGGCCAUUGAAAAGGUGAGAUGAAUCAUUUUGCUGUCAAAGGAUAAUUUCUGACUUAGACAAGAGUCUGCUGCUAUCAUGAGACAGAAGAGACUAAGUAGAGAGAAAAAGACAGCGCCUCACUGUUCUCCAUGAAGCUAAACAUUGUUUUAUUUUUGCCUUCUGUUUGUGUAUUCCUUGUCAGAAUUGGCGAUGGGUAGCUUAUAUUAGCUGUGUAAGUCUAGUAGAGAUUGUACAUAAUGAAAAUGUUGUUCUAUUAUGAUUAUAUUUGUAUUGAUUGACAUCUUUUAGUGCUAUGGUGCACAUUUUUCCUCAGUGGAGGUGGCAGUAGCUUUAUAGGUGCUGCAGUUUAACAGUUUCUUUGAAUCAGAAUACCGACCAUCAGAAACAGAGACACUCACCUGAAUGACAUUGACUAUAAAGCCUUAAACAUCACCACAUGCUAGAGGAGGUUUCAAAGGUUUUCAAAAGAUCACUUUCCUUUUUUGAUGUGAUGUAAACUCCCAGUAAGCAGGAAAAUGACCACUAGUGGUCUUUCAGUGUAAGCCUCUUGGUAUCAGACUACGCAACACCUAUCUCGUGUUGCAUUAACACAUUGACACAAAGACAGUUUCACAGGUUGCAUUAGAUUUCUGCACACCAGGCAUAUUCAGUUAUGAACGCAUCACUAGAAAAGUAACUUUGACUUCGAAAUAAGACUUUGCACCACUCAGCAUACUGUAGCUGAAAGAUCAACCACCAUAGUAUCAAUAUUUCUAACACAUAAUGAUGAUGUAUAUUGCCACUUUUGACCCUAAUUCUAAGUGCAAAAAAAAAAAAAAAAAAAUGGGAAAGAAGGGUCUCACAACCUAUGACUCAGCAGGAACACAUUAUAGAAAAACUACCUAAACCUAGAUCCCUGUUGGUGCAAAUCUAGGCCAGAAUCAAAUGCAGGAUGAGUCUGAUCACUGGGUAUGGUCUUUCAAAAAUUAGGCAAGACCACCCUCAUGAAACCCUGUUGAGCAUAUCAUUCUCAUGUGAUCAAUGACAGUAUCAUUUCAUGAGGGUCUUCCUCCUUACUACAGAGGACAUUUAGUGCAAAGUGUUUAUGUCAGGUUCAGUUUCUUUCUACAGUCCAAAUACAUGCAGUUAGACUGAAACCUCUACAGUAAUAAAUAUGGUUAAGUGUCUUUGAAACAACUAGACUGGCAGCCUUUCCUUUGUUCAGUCCAUUACAUACUGGGAUUCAGUCAAGGUGAAGUAUUUUGGCCACUCCCAUGUUCAUGGCAAAUUUGUUGGAAACUGAUCAGACCCACUGUUGCAUCUGUUCUGACCUUUCUUGAUUUUCACCCAUUCACGCUUGGAUGUACUGAGGUCAAAAUCGGGUCAAAAUCCCCUAGAUGCUUCAACUAACCUCACCACCACUAACACCAAUAUACUGUAAGCCCACCACACAACAACCAAACUCUCAUUCAGAAAGCACAAUGUACAAAUGAGUGAAUAUUGUGACUUAAAGAUACAGUAUAUUAGAGAUUAUUGAGUAUGAUGAGAGUAUUUAAAGAGAUAUGUAUAGUAUACUGUUUAUCUGGUUCAAGAUUUGUUGAUGAAUCACUUCUUUAUAGCUCUUUAUAGCUACUUUCAAAGGUGCCAUCUUACCAUCCGCCUCACUGUUGGGUCUAUUUUCUCUCUUUUCAUCUGUGAAUGACAGCCAGUCUGUCAUCUGCCAGUACUGUGGUAGCAGUGAAUGGGAAUACAGCUACACUGAUACAAAUGUUGAUCUAGCACCAUUACCUUCUUUUAGAGCACUGGGCUGCACUGAGCAGGGCAGGACUGUGUGGAACGUGAAAGUGCUCAAUAUUAUUAUAUAUACUAUAAGAUAAAUUUGUAUUACAGUAGGCUUGUAACAGGCAUGCAAAGGCGUUGCUGCUUUAUCUGUGAAACCAGCUGUCCAGCUGUGAGUUCAACUGGACCUUAUUACUGUGUCAAAGCAAGCAGAGAUUCAGCUGUACUGGAGCUAACCCGCAACAAAAGCAGAUGUAUGAUGACGUUACCUUAAGAUCCAAAACAAGUGUUUCAAAAAAAUACAGCGACAUAACGUUCAGAUCUACGGACAUUUUGGACACAAAAUCCUAAACUUUGUCUUGUGUCCCCAGAAGCAGAAAUCAAUACAUCAUAAUACUGUCCGUGCCUUCAUCUUGUCUUGCCUUGAUUAUUGCAGUUAAUUAUUUAUUUGCCCAUGGUCUUGACUCACAUUCAUUGCUGCUUCUAUAACACUGUAGUCUGCAGCC